AUGGGGGAUCAUACCUACAAGAAGAAGGACUCUGGAGUUUACGAUGCACUGAACAUGCUAGUGUACGAUUACUUGUCGAAAAUGAAGUACGAGGGUUCUGCAAAGGUAUUUUUCAAUGAGGCGAGUCUUGGAGACUUCAAACCCACGGAAGGAAUGCCUAUCCUGGCUCAAUGGUAUGCAGCAUUCCAUGAUAUUUCAGCAGUUAGGUCAGGUUUGUCAUCAAAUGCCCAGGACCUGAGCAGAAUAGAAGGAAUAAUGAUGAAGCUAGAAAACGAAAAGAGGCGAUACCAGAACAUAGGAAGAAUUGAUCCAACAAGCAUGGGGUAUGGCGGGGCAAUGGAUCCAUACAAGCAAUAUCCUAUGUAUUAUCAGCCGCAGCAGUUUGACCAGAGAAAGAUGUAUGAAAUGUAUGGACAUGUUUCACCACCUGUGGACGCUGCACCAAGAUUCUACGAUCCAAGGAAGGCAGGCAUGGGCACAUCUGGUUACAAGGCAGGGCAGGGAUACCCUAGAUACCCUAGAUUUGAAGAUCAGAAUGCGUCCUCUGCAAAGAUACCUCCAAGACAGUUCCGAGAUGAAGGGAAGAGCAACAGUGCAACUAGCCCCUCCAUGACGGCAGCCCAAAGCAACAGCAGCCCUCUGUUUGAGUCUGUGCUUGGAACAGGAGAUAGACUGUUUGGCUUAAAGGAAGUGAUGGCAUUUGUGCCUAAUGAACACACGACUGUGUGCUCUGCGGUGGCAAGGGAUCACAAGCUUUUGUUUAUUGCAUCCUCCAACAGAACCAUCACAGCUGUUAAUUUACUGUCUGGAAAGAGUGAAUCGGUUGUAGAAACUGACGACAAGCAGGUGAUAGAAAUGAAGAUAAGAGAAUGUGAGGGCAUUAUAACGAUAGUAUGUGGUGUUGGAGGCAGUGAACUUAUAUUGGUAAGAUGUGUUAUCAAGGAGUGCAUAACCUUGGAGAUUUUCGGAGCUUUAAGGGGGCAUACAACCUCAAUAGUCAGCUAUGAAGUCCUUGACUCUAUCCAUUCUCUUGACAGCGGGGGAAUUAUGAGGAAGUGGAGUCUUGAAGGUGUCUUUGAGCGGGAAGAGGUUCUUAGUGGAGAGAUUCACCAUAUAUGCUGCAUAUCUGAGGAUAAUUUUAUGUUUGCAGACAGGCAAAGGGUUUAUGUAUAUGAUUUUGAACUUAACAUAGAAAUGAUGGAGAUACUUAAAGGCCAAGCCCUAGGGAUUAAGCGUAUUAAGGAGGGAUUUAUUGUGGUAUUCAGGAACCAAGUUAUAUGGCUAGAUAAACGAAUCCAGAAAGUCAAGAUACUAAAUGUAAAUGAAAAUAUAAAGACGGCUGCUCUGAUUGACGAAGAUCUUGUUGCAGUUUCAUCCCAAAGUGCUUGGUUUGACAAUGGAAAAUCCCUGACCAAAAUGAAGCUCCAUGAAACAAGCAUAGUAAGUCUAGAUGGCGUGAAUGUAUUUAGAAAGCCAAGCGUUGUUAGUUGUAGCGCUAAUGGGGAGUGUAAGAUAUGGAUCAGAUAUAUCGGAGAUUAA